ACAAAACAGCAAAAGCAUGCCCCUCGUCUCCGUGGAAGCUCGUACGGGAGUGACCCUCACGAAUCCACGAUCUCACCACCUCUCCCUCUCUCUCAUAUAUUUUUCUUGUUCUUUCUCUCUAGGAAGGUUCAGAAUUUCGGAUCACCACACGACCAUUUCCUUCUCUGCUUGAGCUCCCUCCCUCCCUCUCUCUCUCUCUGUGGUUAUCCUUUAGUGGGUUUUCUUGAUUAUAUUUGCUACAUUACCUUUCUGGGUUAUCCUCUUAGCUUUUUUUUGCUUGCUUUAGUUGCUCUUAUAUUUGGUGAGUCCGGUCCUUGUGCCAUUCGGUUCUUCCUUUUGCCACUGUGUAUGGGCUAGCUGUUGAUUUAUUUCGCCGUUGGGUUGGUUUCAAGUUCCAGAAGCAAUGGGUUUUGACGAGAAAAGCAACGAGGGUGAGGAACACAGCGAAGCUUCAAAAACAGAGACAAGAGCAAAAGCCGCUAGAGAUGAAGAAAAUGCUGGUACUGAACCAGAAGGGCUGGUACGGGGAAUGAGUGAGGUUUCCAUUUGUACGACUGAGGAUGACGAAGAUGAGGAAGGAAGGAAGAUAGAAUUGGGUCCUCAAUACACUCUGAAGGAACAAUUCGAGAAGGAUAAGGAUGAUGAGAGCUUGACGAGAUGGAAGGAACAACUUCUUGGAAGUGUAGACUUCAAUUCUGUUGGAGAAACUCUAGAGCCAGAAGUGAAGAUCCUUAGCCUUGAAAUUAAGUCCCCUGGUAGAUCUGAUAUCAUUCUUCCAAUUCCCGAGAGUGGGAAACCCAAUGGCUUGUGGUUCACUUUGAAAGAAGGAAGCCGUUACAGCCUCAAGUUCACUUUCCAGGUCAACAACAACAUUGUUUCAGGUCUCAGAUACACCAACACUGUGUGGAAAACUGGAAUAAAGGCAGUGGACAGCACAAAAGAGAUGAUCGGAACCUUCAGUCCUCAGGCAGAGCCUUACACACAUGAGAUGCAUGAAGAGACUACACCAUCCGGUCUAUUUGCCAGAGGGUCCUACUCAGCUAGAAGUAAGUUUGUUGAUGAUGACGACAAGUGCUACUUGGAGAUCAAUUACACAUUCGAUAUUCGGAAGGAUUGGCAGUCGGCUUAAGCUGAGAAAUCUUCCUUCAGUGUUGUUUUUUAAGCUGAAAUCUGCUGUCUGUGUUGACAUGUUUCAUUCCCAGUAUCGGAUAUAUUUUCGAAUCUGUAUAAGACCAGCACCUAAACAAUGAAGAGAGGAUUUUGUGGGGAAAAA